AUGGACGAGUUGAUGAAUGAGACGGCAGUGAAAAGAUUCCCUUAUCUCAAGACAUAUGCCGAGGGUGCCUCAGACCCGGUUCUUAUUCUGCACACCUCUGGCUCAACUGGGUUUCCAAAGCCUGUGACAUGGACAAAUGCACACCUCGUCUGUAUGGCGUUCAUGAAACCAUCGUCCCCCAGCGAGACUCCCGGCCCAACGACACAGAGCGAGCGUAUGCGUGUUUUCACAUCGUCGGCCAUUUAUCAUGUCGGUGGCAUGCUAAUCCUGUCGACUGCGAUAUAUUUGAACAUAACGGCUGUUCUGCCGCCGCUGCAUAUACCGACUUUACAAAUCACAGCCUCGGAGCUUGAGUCCUGGCUCUCCAUGGCCAAUUGUGACAUAGCAACGCUGUUCCCCAGCCAGUUAUCCCUUGCACAGGAUAGCUCCUCCCUCCUCGACGAGAUUUGCAAGUUGAAGUUAGUCUCGUAUAUCGGCGCUCCUCUACCACCAAGAAUCGCCGGCCUGUUGAGGAAGCGCGUCCAUCUAGUCACUGAAUUCGGCUCGACCGAGUUGGUGCGUGUGAGGGGCCAACCGACCGACCCCGAAGACCAUCAAUACAUCCAUGUCAAAGUGUCACAGACCGGUAUCCAGUGGAGAGAAACUCUCCCAGGUCGCUAUGAAAUGGUUCAUGUGCGUGCCACACCGGGGCAAGCCGAGAACGAGCUUCUUCAACCGCAGUAUAUCUUUAUGACGUAUCCCGACCUCCAGGAGUACUCCUCAGGGGAUCUAUUCUCCAAACACCCCACUAAGCCGGACCACUGGAAAUAUGAAGGCCGCACGGACGAUAGUGUCGUGUUGUCCAUUGGCCAGAACGUGAUCCCAAAGGCAUAUGAAGAGCGCUUGGAGAGACAUGCAGCAGUUCGAUCGGCAACGGUGCUCGGGAAUGACCGUCCAUGUGUCUGUCUCUUGCUCGAGUUGGAGCCAGAGAAGGAUCGUCGCGAUGGGACUCCGGGGGAAAUGUUGGAUCAGGAGAUCUGGCCUGCGAUCCAGCGAGCGAGUGAGGGAAUGCGCACAUAUGAGCAGGUGCAGCGGUCGAUGAUUGUCCUAGCCCGCCCUGAGAAACCUAUCCCGCGAAAUUUCAAAGGCGCUGUGAAGCGAGGCGAGGCCUGGGAGCUCUAUCAAACGGAGAUUGAAGCCUGCUAUGCACGUCUGUCCGAUUCCUCCGCUAGCAAUACUAAAUCUUGUUAG